CAAGGGACUCAUGUUGUGUAUGCCUUGGAACUCCGAACUGUGUCGAUGAUCCUACUUUCAAAGACAAUUCAGAAGAUGGCUGCGACUGGUAUACUCAAUCUGAUCCAACAUACAACCAAGUUUGGGUCCCUCAAAAGAACCAAGUUUGGCCUCGUCACCGAAGCCAUCUAUCGAGAUCAGUGGCAGUGCAGCGCCAAGCCAGCAUUCAAGUUCCUACUCCAUCAAGACAACCGAGUUUGGGUCCCUCAAAAGAACCAAGUUUGGCCCCGUCACAGAAGCCAUCUAUCGAGAUCAGUGGCAGUGUAGUGCCAAGCCAGUAUUCAAGUUCACCGGUAUAUACUCCAUCAAGACAACCAACUUCUAAUCCGAGUGGAAGUGGCAACCCGGCUCCAAGUGCCUCAAGUGAUGCACCUAGCCCUGUUCCGAGUCAGACCAAUGUGGACCUGUUGAGUGAUGCACCCAGUGAUGUUCCUAUUCAACAAGAUAUCGAUCGGUCGAGUGAUGAACCCAGUCCUGUUCCUAGUCAGGGUAGUGUCGACUUGUCUAGUGAUGCACCCAGUGAAGUUCCAAGUCAAGUGAUUAUGAAUCCGAAUCCAGGUCCAACCUUUGGACCAACCUCUGUACCGACUUCCAGACCAAAUCCCGGGCCGACCCUUCCACCUACUCUUGUGCCUACUCCUGUGCCAUCUCUGGGACCAACAUUUCAGCCAGUGGUUGGGCCAACACCUGGACCAACUCCUCGACCGACCCUUCCACCUACUUCUGUGCCAUCUCCAGGACCAACAUUUCAGCCAGUGGUUGGGCCAACACCUGGACCAACUCCUCGACCGACCCUUCCACCUACUUCUGUGCCAUCUCCAGGACCAACAUUUCAGCCAGUGGUUGGGCCAACACCUGGACGACCGACUCUUUCACCGACUCCUGGGCCAUCUCCGGGACGCACGUUUCAGCCGACGGUAUUGCCAACCCCUGAACCAUCUCCGAGGCCGACGUUUGGCCCAACGCUUCCACCCACACCUGAACCAACUUUGAGACCAACCGUCCAGCCGAUGACAUCUGGACCAACUCUCACACCAACACCUGGGCCAACGCUUCCACCAGUCAACCAACCAACAAUUGCCUUAUUUCCUAUCGAUCGGACAGCUACAAUCUCGGUAGGAAUUGGAAUUGGUGGUCUUAACGAUUUGAAUGUUAUCUGCACAGGGUUUGGAGGCUUCAUUUCGCAAAGCAUUCAAGAUGCCUAUGGAACGGGAGCUACUUCAACCGUCACUUGUUCUCAAGCGGGACAUGGUCGGCGUCAUCUUGAAGAAGUUGCCAGAACAUUGUUGAUCACGAUCAAGACAACCUUUCCAGACUGUUCAACAGCGCCGGCGGAUCUCGGAUUCUUAGACUUUUUGGAACAGCUGAUUGUAUCCGAUCGCGCAAUUAUCGAAUUGCCACAGUAUAUUCAACAACAAGCAUUGGGUACAGAACUGGAGGGGGCAAUAUUGUGA